UUCCAAUGUAUUUAUUAUGUUGAACAUUUUGUGGCUCUCUUCAUAAAGUGUGUAAUAUUUACAUUAUUGCCAUUCGUCUUAGUGUUUCAGUCUGUCAGAGGGAAUCAGAUAUCAAAGAUCAAUAAGCAGCUGUCCAGCGUCUUCAGUCCCAUCACAGCGAACAUGUCCUGUAUUUGAAGCAGGUUUUUGUUGUUUGCUCUGCUGGUGUUUGAGUGUGUUUCCUCCAGGUCUCUGGUUUAAACAUUAUACGUUAAGUAUUAUCAGGAACCUCUGCUGCCGUCCUUCACCUGGUCCCAGCCGCUGACCUCAGAUUGUCUUUAACAGUUGGAGGGCAAAUGUCCCCACAGGGAUUAACAGUAAAACCAUUUCCUGUUUCUUGUCCUCUAGCUGCCAGUUUAUUAGGUACACCAAGCCUAAACUAAUGCUGCUUAAUACAACAUUAAUGGAGGUGAUAAUGUUCAGUUUUUUACUGACACUGUUUUAAAGAAGCGUCGAUUCAAAUGUGAAAUUACUUUGGAGGAUGUAGUUAAAUGAAGAGGUGUUUCUGUUGUUUAGCCUUCGCUCACUGAUAUAAACUGGGUGGAAUAAAUAAUAGAGACAGUCUCAGUAUUUAACUACAAUAGUUGCAACAAAAAUUGAACGUUAGAGCAGUUUUAUCUCAGUGUACCUAAUAAACUGGCACCUGAUUGUGUAUCUUCUCAAAUGUUUUUAAUCACAUUUUACCUUCAUGACACUUUAGUAUUUUACUUUUUACAAAACAAUCUGUUUUUAAAUGGUUUGGUUUCAGUCUUUUACACCUUUAUGUUUAUGUUGUUAAAAUGAUACUUAAUAUUAGCUUAAAGUCUAAGUCAGUAUUGUUCAUGGAAGCUGUUGUCAAUAUGAUCAUAUAUUGAUCAGAUAUUCCUUCAUUAGUCCCACAGUGGGGGAAUGUGUUACAGUGGACGAUACAGGAAAGAAAACUGCAAAAUGACAAUAUCAAAUAUUAAUAUUAAUAAUAUAAUAUAUAGAAAAUUAACCCUUUGUACGGACUUGCACAGACAGCUGGCUGAUUAUCGUUACAGUGAGGAGGUUUGUAUUUCUGCUCCUCAUGGCUCAUUUCCAUGGUGGCGUCUCCAUAGGCUGCAGUGCUUUGAGGAGCUGACACCUGAUUGGCCAGCAGGGCUGUCCCGCACAUUGAAACUCUUGCUCUGAUUGGCUGUUUGUUCUAACAUUCAGUGUGGUUUUCUUAUCACAGCAGUCACUCUUUAAAAUCGCUUUUCUCUGUUUCUCAGGAACAUUUGUGCCCGUUGCUUUGUCCGGAGGAGACGAGGCGUCAUCAGUUUCUUCCUCAUCACCGACACUGAGGGAAACGGAGCGUUUUCAUUGGCGGGCUGAUGAGAGGCGGUGGGCUGAAGUUUGGACGCACAGAGCAGCUCUGAGAGGAAGAUGCAGAACUCCAACAGUUUUCAGGUGGAUGAUUUUAUCGCGGGAUGGAUCGGCGGAGCUUCCAGUGUGGUCGUGGGCCAUCCGCUGGACACAGUGAAGACGCGGCUCCAGGCGGGGAAAGGCUACAAGAACACGCUACACUGCGUCCUCACCAUCUACAGGAAGGAAACGGUCUCAGGGUUUUUUAAGGGCAUGUCUUUCCCACUGGCCAGCAUCACUGUCUACAACUCAGUGGUGUUUGGCUUCUUCAGUAACACACAGAGACUCAUAAGCAAGUAUCGCUACGGCGACGGGCAUCAUCCCUGUGGCAUGUUGGACUUGACCGUGGCCAGCAUGCUGACUGGACUGAUGUCAGUAGGCCUGGGAGCCCCGGUGGAUCUGGUCAAGAUCAGACUGCAAAUGCAGACGCAGACGGUUCUAGCAGAGAACUUACACCUUGCGGGCAGCGUAUCGAAUGGCACCAACAUCCCUCUGCGCUCCGUCAACAUCCCCAGCCAGAGACUUUACAGAGGACCCAUCCACUGUAUCAGCAGCAUCCUGCAGACUGAGGGGCUGCAGGGCCUGUACAGGGGGGCUGGGGCCAUGAUCCUGAGGGACGUUCCUGGAUACACGCUCUACUUCAUUCCUUACACCAUGUUCUGCAACCUGUUGAAGCCAGACGCCACGUCCAGCCCUCAUCCAUGUUCUAUCUGGCUCGCCGGAGGACUCGCAGGGUCCAUUUCCUGGGUCACGGCCACGCCGGCUGAUGUGGUGAAGAGCCGAAUGCAGGCCGACGCGCAGCUGCAGAGGAAGUACAGGGGAAUCUUACACUGCAUCAUCCACAGCUACAAGACAGAGGGAUUACAGGUUUUCUUCCGUGGAGCUUCAGUAAACGCCAUCCGAGGCUUCCCGAUGAGCGCCACCAUGUUCCUGACCUACGAACUCUCCCUGCAGUUCUUCAGGAAUCUCUAGAACAAGAGAAACAUUUCAGUGGUAAAGGAAUCACACUCAGUUCUUGGCAAAUGAGCACACAGCACAACAAACCCUUUUAGCUGCUUGUGAACUGAUGCAUUGAACGCACCAGAGAUUUUGAACACUUUACUGACCACUCUUGUCACACAAUAAACGUCCAGUGAUGUUUUAUACCAGCACUUUGGUUGUAUUGUUAAAUAAUCAGAAUUACGACAUCAAAUCAUCCAUGAUUUCCUGGGAAGAGUCUUGGCUGCCACUUAUCUAGUGGAUAGAAACUCCUUCUUCUAGUAUCUAAGAUGACUGUUAGCUUUUUAAACUCACUGAUAAUCAUGUGACCUUCUCCCUCCCUACAAUCUGGCCUGAGAUCUGCUGACCAGUUAUCGCUGACAGGUUCAAACAAUCUCACUGUCUCCUACUAAAGACUUAUUUUUAUAGAUUAGCUUUUACACCAGUUUUAAUUUAGUCAUUCUACUUAUCUAUUUUUUGAUUUUACAUAUAUUACCUUUCUCCCACGUAUGUUUAUCUUCUCACUGUUUUUAUUCCUGUUAGUUGCUGAUAAGUUCAGAGAUUUAAAUGCUUAAAAAAAAAUUAGCAUAACAAAGCUAACGGGACAUGUGGACGAUGAUGAUUGGUGUUAACAUUCUCAUUAUUUAAUGGAUGGAGUUGAAUAUUUCUUUAAUGCUAAUUUACCAAAGAACUCAGUGUGGUCCUUUUUUUUUAAAGGAGGUUUAAAGGAGUGAGGUUAUGUUGUCAGUUUGGGAUCAGCACUUUACCUGGACGACGAAACUUGUUUGCACACCUGCAGCUUUUCCCUGGACGAGACCGUUAUUCUUCUGUUUCCACCUGUGAACAAAGGGUGAUAACAACACCGUGUUAUUACACAGUGUCACACGGUCAACAUGGUUUGAUGGGAAAAAGAUCAACAACUUGGUUGAAAAAUGACAUUUAGGUAACGUAUAGUGUAAUACAUAUAUAUUAUAUAUAAUCUGGUCUUUGUGGAGCCGUUGCUCAGUAAAGAACAGAGCUGUGCACUUUUAUCUCAGCAUGAUGAAGAAAUAUGAAUCAUGCUGAAAAUAGAGUUGAAUGCUUUCAUGAAGGAUGUGACAUUUUCAGCCCGACUGUGAGUCUACGUUUAAUCUUUGUAUUAUUUUCAGUGUUGAUUUAGUUUGUUUGAUUUACUUUCAGUUUCUUUUUGCAGUUUGAAUGUGAUUUAAAAAUAUAAAACCUGAAUGAUUUCACAUAAAUAACCAAUACACUUAAUGUCUGUUCAUAAGUAUGAAAAUAUUGUGAGGUGUUGAAAAUGACACAUCCUUUCCUUCAUUACAUGAACUGUUGCGUGUUUUAGUCCCAUGUUACCAUCCACGUGUUCAUACAGUGCAUUCAGCGUCACACCCCUUCACCGUAUCUCAUGUCGUCACUUUGCAGCAUCGUGGUAAAAUAGUUCAAUUCAUGUUUUCAGAUUUUAACCUCCACUCACAUGACAAAGAAGUUUAGAAAUUAUUGCAAUCUGGUAAAAUGUAAAGGGGUCUGAAUACUUCCUGAAUGCACUGUAUUAUAUUUGUGUGUUUCUUAUAUUAAGAAAAAUUUUACAAGUUAAUUUUAACUUCAUGUUAACAUGAGUUUUUUCCCAUAAUACUAUUCAAAUGCAUGGAUUUAUAUACACAUGAGCCAUUAUAGUAAAGGUACAGUAUUGCUUAACAUGUUAGCAGUUAAACAGCAUUUACAGCUAAUGAUACAAGAGGUUUCAUUCUUAAAUGGGACAUCUGCUUUUAAAAGAUACUGCGCCUCCUCACACAAUAGAUAUUUCUCAUUUUGGAAUGAUUACCGUAGAACAAAUAUAUUUUCCUGCGUUAUAGAGAUAUUUUUAAAUAGUAUUCUUGUCAUGUAAAUAUCUUGUAAAUAUGUUAACUGCCAUUCCAGAUGGUGGAGAGCCAGAAGUGUCUUAUUGUACAUAAAUAAAGCUUAUAAACACACAA